AUGGUCAACAAGGCUAUCGUCGCUUCUCUGCUCUUUGGCGCUGCCAUGGCUGUGCCUUACCCGCCUUCUGCCACAAACGGCGUCAGACAUCCUGUGCCUGAUCAUGCCUACCCCCACAAGAAGCGAUCCGCCGGAGAGACUGUCAACAACGCUGUGGCCCGAUACGACAACUCCAACAUCACCGACGGUGUUGGUGAUGGUAACGACAGCUACACUCUGUACCUCGGCGACGGCAGCACCGGCGCUGGCUGGCCCGACCAGAGCCGAUGGGUUUCUUUCGAGAACAUGUUCAACAACUACAAGGACCAGAUGUUCUCAUCUUGCGACUGGAUGGGCGUUGCCGACGACAGCGGCCCAGAGGUCGGAGCCAUUUGGGACGGCAUCCAGUCUGCUGCCGCUGCCACUGGUGUCGACCACCGUUUCAUCCUUGCUGUCAUCAUGCAAGAGUCUGGUGGCUGUGUCCGUGUUUGGACCACCAACUACGGUGUCCGCAACCCUGGUUUGAUGCAGGAUCACAACGGUGCCGCUACCUGCAACGAGAACGGAAACGUUCAGAACCCUUGCCCCUCAGCCACCAUCUACCAGAUGAUCAGCGAGGGUACUGCCGGUACCAACGAUGGUGAUGGUCUUGCCAACUGCAUCAACGAGUCUGGCCGCAGCGACGUCUCGGCCUUCUACCGUGCCGCCCGUAUCUACAACUCUGGCUCCAUCUCCAGCACUGGCAACCUCCAGAGCAACGUUGCUACUCACUGCUAUGCUAGCGAUAUUGCCAACCGUUUGACUGGUUGGAGAAACGCCCCCAGCACUUGCACUUGCGACAGCAACCCCGGCAGCUGCGGCUCUGUUAACUACUAA